GUGCUGGCAGGGCCGGGCUGAGGGGAGCGCGGCCGCCGUGGCUCCCUCAGCGGGGUCGGGGUGACAGCUCCGCCCUCAGGAUGGGCUGUGGCAGAAUGCCAGAGUAGCUGGCGUUAGAAGGGACCUCUGGGGAUCGUCCAGUUCAACCCCCUGUCAAGGCAGGGGCACCUGGAGCACGUGGCACAGGAACGCGUCCAGGUGGGUUUGGGAUGUCCCCACAGAGGGAGACUCCAGCCCUCCCUGGGCAGCUGUUCCAGGGCUCUGCCCACGCUCAGGGAAAGAAGCUCAUGUUGAGGUCCCAUUCCAAUCCUGCCAAGAUGGCCCCCAAGAAGAAAACCCCCGUGAAGCGCAGGGUGGAUAAGAGGGACGCACCCGUUGCCCCAGGCAGGGUGGCAGAUGCUUUGCUGGGUGUGGAACACCUCCAUCACUGCACUGGUUUGCACGACAGCGGCUCCAACGGCUUCCACUGCUCGGUCACAGAGGUCGAGGCGCCAGAGCACGGAGCCGCCCUCCUGCAGGGGCUGAACCAGAUGCGCCGGGAGCGCUUCCUCUGCGACCUCACCAUUGCCACCAAAACCAAGUCCUUCGAGGUGCACAAACUCAUCCUGGCCUCCUGCAGCCACUACAUCCACGGGCUGCUGCAGAGGGACCCUCAGCUGUGCCAGCUGGAGCUCCGUGACGUGUCCCCGCUGGGCCUGGCCGCCGUCAUCGCCUUCGCCUACGCGGGGACGCUGAGCCUGUCCCUGCACACCAUUGGCAGCACCAUCGCCACGGCCACACGGCUGCAGGUGCCGGCCCUGCUGGGGCUCUGCAGCGACUUCCUCGUGCAGGAGAUGGCUGUGGAGAACUGUGUCUACAUUGCAAACAUCUCGGGCACCUACGGCCUCAACCAGGUGAAGGACGCCACGCGGAAAUUCAUCCGGGAGAACUUCAUGGAGUUCUCCAAAACUGAUCAGUUCAUGAAACUCCCCUUUGAUCAGGUCAAUGAGCUGCUGAUGGAUGAUGGCCUGCAGAUACCCAGCGAGGUUGCAGCCUUCCAGGCUGCUGUCAAGUGGCUGGAGUUUGACCCCAAACGCGUCCGGCACGCUGCCGACCUCCUGAGCAACAUCCGCUUCGGCACAAUCCCAGCUCCAGACCUGGUCAACCACAUCCAACCUGUGCCACGCAUGAUGCAAGAUCCACAGUGCCACAAGCUCCUCGUGGAUGCUAUGAAUUACCACCUGCUUCCCCACCAGCAAAACAGCCUGCAGUCCCGGAGGACCAGGAUACGGGGAGGCCAGAGGGUGCUUGUCACAGUUGGGGGUCGUUUAGCGUUGUCUGAGAAGGCUCUGAGCAGAGACAUCAGCUACAGGGACACAGAGGGAAACUGGAACAAGCUGACGGAGAUGCCAGCAAAGAGUUUUAACCAGUGUGUGGUGGUGAUGGAUGGAUUUAUCUACGUUGCGGGUGGUGAAGACCAAAAUGAUGCCAGGAACCAGGCCAAGCACGCUGUCAGCACCCUGAGCAGGUAUGACCCACGCUUCAACACCUGGCUGCACCUGGCCAGCAUGGAGCACAGGAGGUCCCACUUCAGCCUGAGCGCCUGCCACGGGCUCCUCUACGCCGUGGGAGGGCGCAACGCCCAGGGCCCCCUGGCCUCCGUCGAGUGCUACAUCCCCACCACCAACAGCUGGCACGGCAAGGCCGGCCUGGAGACGCCGCGCUGCUGCCACGCCUCCACCGUCAUCCACGGGCAGCUGCUGGUCACCGGCGGCUACAUCAGCCACGCCUAUUCCCGCACCGUGUGCUGCUACGAGCCCGGCUCGGACAGCUGGAGGGAGCAGCCCAGGCUGGGCACGCCCCGGGGCUGGCACUGCGCGGCCACCGUGGCUGACCGUGCCUACGUGGUGGGGGGCAGCCAGCUGGGCCCCCACGGCGAGCGCGUGGACGUGGUGGCCGUGGAGUGCUACAGCCCCCUGACGGGGCAGUGGAGCUCCCUGGCACCUCUGCCCGUCGGGGUGAGCACGGCCGGGCUGGCUCUGCUGGAGGGGCGCCUGUGCCUGGUGGGGGGCUGGAAUGAGAGAGCAAAGAGGUAUCAGAAAUGUGUGCAGUGCUACAACCCCGACCUCAACGCGUGGGCUGAGGACGAGGAGCUCCCCGAGGCCAUCGUGGGUGUCUCGUGCUGCACCAUCACACUCCCGCGAUCCCUGAGCUCCAGGUCCAGCUCUGUGGCCUCAGCAGCAACCAGCACGUAAGAGCUGAGCUCCUUCUGCCAGCAGCAGGGAAGGACACAGAGCUCGGGAGUGUGGGGCAGCUGGAUAAGGAGGCACACCGAUGUUCGGAGUCACUGCAAACUUUGGGAGCUAGGAAAUUGUCCCCUGAGCUGCCUCUGUCUCCAUCUCACAGCUUCAGCAGGGAAUGCUCAAGUGGGACAGACACAGAAACAGGACAGAAGAGCUUUUCUUCCCAGCCUGCAGCACUGGAUUGCAGCAUGGAUUGGAAAAAAAUGUGGAAAAAAACCAAAGAAUAAAACCAAACCAUAAUAAUGGAGGAGAAGGACCCUCGCUCCCAUCAGCUUCCCCACAAAACUCACAACACAAGUUAGGGGUUAGAAAAAUUUAUUUACUUUUCUGGUAACAGGAACUGCUCAUUUACCAGGAAGAAUGAUGCCAUCAUACUGUGAGGGGAAAAGAAAAAAAAAAGAACCAAGUGAGAAAUCACCAGCAGGUAAAGGUGCAGUGCUGCUGUGCAGAAAACUCGAGUCACAGCAGUCAUUCCAAGGCACCAGCCAACACUAACACGGACGAGCAGAUUUCCUGCAGCCAGCUGCCUCUGUACCUUUGUGCUGUGCUGGAAUAUCCAAGGGGCUGUGCUCAGAGAAGCAUUAAGCUCUGCUCAGCAGCCCCCUGAAACAAGCUCCACUGGUCUGGACCAGUCCCAAAAUCUGGGCCCUGAAGGUACCUGUGCCACAUGAAGCACAACCAGGCAGGAUGGGGGGAAAAGGAAUUCAGCAAGAUCAGGCUGGAGGCCUCCCUGCACAGGGUAUGACCCGUGUAGGUCCAGGCAGAGUAAAGAGCCCUCAGGCAGACUGUGCAGACUUUUCACCUCUGCAAAACUAUCAGCAGUUCCCCAGCUCUGAGAUUUCCAACCCAGCUUUCAGCAGCUCCCAUUUAUUAUCCAAUUAUUCAUUUUAUGGAGAGAUAAGCACAAGAACUUGUUUUCUUUGGGGAUCUCUCCAUCCUCCCAAGUGUGGCAGCUGAGCCUGGAGCUGUGUCAGACCAACAAAUCCUAACCCUGCCUUGUCUCUCAUGAACCAUGAACAGGUAACUCCUCCAAAACUGCGGGAGCCAUUUACACAAGAGCUGGUAAUUCCUUCCAGCUCUCCUGCCAAGAGCUGCUCUCUCAGUUCAGCACACUCAAAAAAGCACAAACAGCACUCGUGCUCAAACAUUUCUGCUCAGUAGUAGCAGCUUCUACUGCUCUGGGACAGUAAAAAUCUACAAUUUAAGCACUCAUCAAGAUCUCCUCCUGCCCAGUGAUUUGCUCCAGCCUUUCCAUGAGGCAUUUUGCUGACCCUUGCUAGGAAACUCUCAGGAUACAACAAUAAAGACGGACUGUACCUUUUGCUGGAACCAGCGCAUGGCUUCCUCCUUCCCAAUUCUGUGCUUGGCCCCGAUGUUGCCAGUCCUGCGUUUCUUGUCAGCGAUGCUGAAGCCCGGCCUGCCCAGCACC